CUUCCUUGUCAAAUAUUGGAGAGCCUAUGGAGAUGGAAGAUGGCUCAAGUGCUCCCUCGCGUUCCCAGAGUUCACAGCCAGCUCCAGCGACGGCUUCGAUGGAGGUGGUGCCGCAGGGUGACGAAGAGGAGGGGAGCAGCACUGGAUCCAUGUCCACGGUGUGGCCCAUCUUUGGAGUGGGCACCUCUCGGGAUACCUUCCCUGCCCGCACAGUUGCGGCGACGACACCGCUGAACAACUUGGGGUGUCCGCCCCGGGUGUAUGAAGUGUGGCCUGACCUUGGGGAGGACAGCAGAACCAGGUUUUGUUGUUGUGGCCGGUGCGUCACCGGCCCGGAUAUCGACCUCUGGUACAACUUGUGUACCUGGUCUUUCAUCCUCAUUCCGUCCUUCUUGUACUUUGCCCUGUGCUCUCAGUAUCUAUGGGAGAAGGUCAGCCCAUGGUUGCCCAUCUUCACUGCUGCUGUGCUGCUGGCAACGAUCGCUUUUCUUCUGCUGACCUCCUGUACAGACCCAGGUAUUUUGCCCCGCCAGAGACUGCGCAUGCGAUUGCCGGGGUUGGAAAACGAAGUGGCUCGAACUCUAGCACUACCUGACGAUUGCGUAGCAGAUGGCAUGAUGCCUCCGGUGUUGUCAGAUCUGCGGCAGACCCAGGGUUAUCGUUUCUGUCACACCUGCGAGGUGAUUCGCCCACCUCGCACCUCACACUGCAAUGACUGCGGUAACUGUGUCCUUACGUUUGACCAUCACUGUCCAUUCGUGAACAAUUGUAUUGGGCAGAGGAACUACGUGUUUUUCUCCGCCUUCCUGAUAUCCACUGGGUGCCUGGGGGUCUCUGUCGCAGUGGGCGUCGGCAUUCGGUGCACACAUCAUGAUGCCGCGUGGAAGAGAAGUAGCCCGUGGAUCGUGGGCUUCCUUGUCCUGAUUGGGCUGGCCACGGCGGUUCUGCUUGUCGGCGUGGUGGGCUUGACCAUCUUCCAUCUCUUCCUCUUGUGCACUGGCAAGACCACCAAGGAGGUGUGCACCGGGCGUAUGGCGCGGCACGGCCGCUCCCUCUUCGCGCGGCCGCCCUCGCUGAUCCACGCGCGGGAGCACGUUGACGUGCCGCUGCCUGAAAACAACGCUUUCUGAGCCAUUUUCCUUGGGCCCAUGUCUGAGAUCAGCAGCCGUCAGAGACUGGAAUGUCGGAACAGAUUCGAAUGGCAAAGAUCAGUUGUUGGUAAGCGUUUCACCACUUAUUACUACGAGCCGUGCGCUUGUGUGUGUGUGUGUGUGC